AUGACAAUAUUAAUAUUUUCCCUCGCAGGAUAUAUUAUUAUUUUAUUUAUCGAUGUGAUUAAUGAUGAGCCAGUUGUAUCGAAUACAAUAAUUGAAGCAACGGAAAUACCUAUUCCUGGAGGAAUAAAAGAAGCAUUAACAGAUCAAUGUGAUGAAUAUUUAAUACAACCAACAUUUUCUUCAAAUAGCAACUAUUAUGAAGGAUAUUUUAUAAAUGUCCAAAAUUUGACAUAUGAAAAACCAGAACUUGAUAUACAUUCAAUAAUUGCAGUUUUGGUAAUUGCAAUUACGAACGAUACAAAUUAUAAUGCCACCGAAAUUAAACUUCCUGUAUCAUUUGUUGUUGCCGAUUCUGAAACUAGUCCUUUUAGAAAUGAAAGUUAUAAAUUACCUGUAUAUGUUAAAGAUUUAGCCACAAGUAGUAAUUAUAAGAUGCCUAAUCAUCAGUUGGCAACUGUAUCAUUUACUAGAAGCAUAAGAGAUACCAUUAUUCCAAACUUCAAAGACGAUUUUGGAAUCAAACCAACUUAUUAUAGACAAUAUUAUCUUAUGUCCAGUAUACAAAGCGUUCCUAUUGAUUUUAAUACCGGAGAUUUAUUUGAAAGUGGAGUCUUAUUAGUAGUACAAAAUCAUCUUAUUAAAAAAGAGACUGAACAAAGAACUCGAACUUUUUUCAGAUUUUUCGGUCUUGUGGGAGGUGCUUGGGGCCUAGCUGCAGUUUUUUACGCGGCUUUAUUUGGUGUAGACCUGAUUCGUCCUUGGGGUUGUGUGCAAUUUUAUUGUUGUGGAUUACGUAAUAGUACAUAUAAUAAACUUAAAAAAACACUUCCGAUAAUUCCGCUGAUUAAUAGCUCCGAAAGUCCUCCACCAUCCUCUGGAGACGUUGCCUUACAGCAACGUGUUGAAGCUAUAGAAGUUUUCUUAAGAGAGUACGUCGUUGACGUAAAUUACUUGGAAAAUGCAAAAGGACAUGAUGAAAAUAACUUACUUCCUACUAACAACAAUGAUGGUAACACUAAUGUUACGGCUAUGGAGCAUAAAUAA